UUCUGCGAAAAAAAGUCACAUAAAACUGCAUUAGUUGUAUCUCAAAUUUUAAGAAAAGCUCCAAAACUGUUGUUGGGCACGGCAGACAAUCACAAUGUUAUUUUAACGUUAUUUAAAUGUUAGUGUCUGACCCUGAGGAUGCAGACUGCAUACGGCCGGGCUGAGUUUGUAUUUUUAUUCCCAUACUUCUUACGUUUGAAUCCUGACCUCUCAUCUCGAUCUUCUCUAACUGCAGGAUGAUGGUCUGUCUUCUGCUGCUCCUCUGCCUUGGUCACUGUCUCCCUGCUGUCUUAGGGGUGUAUUUGAGUAUCGACUGUCAUGCUGGAGGCACUGUCAUGCUGCCCUGUUAUGGAGAAGCAGCUACAGACACCAAGGAGGUUGAUGUUCUGUGGAAGCUUAACGGCUGGCCUGCCUGUUGGUUUAAAAAUGGGGAAUGGUGUGAAAAUAGUCAUCUUGUGAACCGAGCUCAGCUUGGAUCCAUCCGACAGAACAACUUCUCUUUGAUCAUUAAUACUGUGAGAAAUGAGGAUGAAGGGGUGUAUACGUGUGAGAUCAGUGAAGACAAAAAGCAGACUAUUCACCUUGUUGUUAAAGGAGAUUGGAAGCGAGAGGAUGCAGAGACGCCCCCUGGAGAUCCUGCUUGCAGGCCAUACAGAGAGAGAGAAGAUCCUCCAGGGUCAGAAACCAAUCACAAACAGGUUUCUGAUGAAAAUCUUCCAGGGGCGUCUUCAGGAGGAAACUCAGUGGUGACUGGAGUGAUCGUGGGGAUUGUAAUUACUGUAGCCAUGGUGGGGGCUGCACUGUUUACCAGAUGACUGUGGAACCAGCAAAGAGAUAAAAAGCUGCCUAAUCUGAGACCAUCUGAAGCUUCCCUGAUGAAGGAUGCCUCUGUCUAUGUUGAGGGCUGCAGUACUGAUAAGAAGAUGGGGGAACCAGCUGUGUGAUUAAAAACAGGUGAAAUAAUACAGUGGCGUACAAAAUUUUGGGCACCUUUGCUUAAAAUGUCUGUAACUGUGAAUAGCUAAGUGAGCAGAAGAUCUGAUCACCAAAAAGCCUAAAGUUAAAGUUUCUUUAAUAUUUUAAGCAAGAUUAAAUUUUUAUUUCCAUCAUUCACAGCUACAGUACACAGCAAAUGUGCCAGUGUUAAAUUAACACUGCAUGGUGUCUAUA